AUGUUGGUGCAGGAGACAACUGGUAAGAAGGAGAAAAAAGAGAAGAAGGCGAAACGCCAUGAGAAACCUCGGAAGAGGAAGGCUCAGACUGAUGAAAGCGAGCAGUCGGAGGACGAUGCCGAUCCUCCGAAACUCAAGAAAUCCAAGAGUGGAAUUAAACAAAACGGUCAUACGAGAGAAGAAAGCCCGGAGAAUGCAAGAUUGUCUUCCUUAAACAUUAAAUCUGCCCACAAAAAACGACCCAGCAAUUCUAGUGAAACAUCAAGUGGCGAUGGUGACAGUGACCAAGAGCAGGAGAUGACUGAAGAACAGAAAGAGGGUGCUUUCUCCAACUUUCCUAUUUCCAAAGGGACUGUUCAGCUUCUUCAAGCUCGAGGAGUGACAUACCUGUUUCCCGUGCAAGUGAAGACUUUCGACUCAGUAUAUUCUGGCAAAGAUGUAAUUGCUCAAGCACGAACUGGAACAGGGAAAACAUUCUCUUUUGCUAUUCCCUUAAUUGAAAAGCUUCAGGGAGACUCACAGGAAAGAAGAAGAGGCCGUUCACCAAAGGUGCUAGUUCUUUGUCCAACAAGAGAGCUGGCAAACCAGGUUGCCAAAGAUUUCAAGGACAUCACAAGAAAGCUAACUGUAGCUUGUUUUUAUGGAGGAACUCCAUAUAAUGGACAAAUUGAUCUCAUGAGAAGUGGCAUUGACAUUUUGGUUGGGACACCUGGUCGAAUCAAAGAUCACCUUCAGAGUGGCAAACUGGACCUUACCAAAGUGAAACAUGUUGUACUUGAUGAAGUUGACCAGAUGCUGGACAUGGGAUUUGCUGAGCAAGUGGAAGACAUUUUACGAGUUGCAUACAAGAAGGAUUCUGAAGACAAUCCCCAGACACUACUGUUUUCUGCAACUUGCCCGCAUUGGGUGUAUGAUGUGGCUAAGAAAUACAUGAAGUCUAAAUACGAACAGGUUGACCUUAUUGGGAAAAGAACUCAAAAGGCUGCUACAACAGUAGAACAUUUGGCGAUAGAGUGUCACUGGUCUCAGAGAGCUGCGGUUAUUGGAGAUGUCAUUCAGGUGUACAGUGGCAGUCAUGGGAGGACGAUCGUCUUUUGCGAGACCAAAAAGGAGGCAAAUGAACUGGCUCUGAAUGCUUCAAUCAAACAGGAUUGCCAGUCAUUGCAUGGUGACAUUCCUCAGAAGCAAAGAGAGAUCACGCUGAAAGGUUUUAGAAAUGGUACAUUUAAAGUUCUGGUUGCAACUAACGUAGCUGCCCGUGGUUUAGAUAUCCCUGAAGUUGACCUGGUUGUGCAAAGUUCACCACCAAAGGAUGUGGAGUCCUAUAUCCAUCGUUCUGGACGCACAGGUCGAGCUGGACGGACUGGGAUCUGUAUCUGUUUUUAUCAGCGAAAGGAAGAACAUCAGUUAAGAUACGUGGAACAAAAAGCGGGCAUUACAUUCAAGCGUGUUGGUGUUCCUACCGCAACAGAUAUAAUAAAGGCUUCCAGCAAAGAUGCCAUCAGGUGUCUGGAUUCUGUUCCUCAUACUGCUAUUGAGUAUUUCAAAGAGUCUGCUCGGUGGCUAAUACAAGAAAAGGGACCAGUUAAUGCCUUGGCUGCAGCUUUAGCCCAUAUUUCAGGUGCUACUUCCAUUGAGCAGCGCUCCUUGCUGAACUCGGAUGCGGGAUUUGUUACAAUGAUACUACACUGCUCUGAAGAAAUAAACAAUAUGAGCUAUGCUUGGCGAAGACUGCGAGAACUGUUGGGUGAUGACGUUGAUAGGAAAGUGAACAGAAUGUGUUUCCUCAAGGGAAAAAUGGGUGUGUGCUUUGAUAUUCCUGCAGCAGACCAAAAGGAAAUAGAGGCAAGAUGGGAAGAUUCAAAACAAUGGCGUUUGUGCGUGGCGACUGAAUUACCAGAGUUAGUAGAAUCACAGCGCGGAGGAGGAGGUGGAGGAAAUGGCCGAAGCUUUUCAAGCUCCAGGAAUGGGCGGCGUGGUAGCUCUGGUAGAAACAGAUUCAGAGGCAGAGGCCAGAAACGAAGUUUUGACAGAGCAUUUGAUCGUUAACUUCAACAAUCCAAAAGU